CUCUUGCCCAAACGCUUCCCACACGGGGCGUGUCUGGGCCCCGCCCUGGCCUGACGUCAGCACACCGCCGCUACAUAAGGGGCUGCGGCCAGUGUCCUCCACCACAAGCUGUACACCGCCUGUACCUCGCCAGUACCUCGCCGCCACCAUCAUGAAGUCUCUGGUGAUCCUGUGUGUUAUGGCCGCCUGCGCCUCCGCCCAGGUGGUUGUGCCCGGUGCCGUGGCUUACCGAGCCCCGUCCUACGACUCCGCCAUCAUCCAGAGUCAUCGCCUGGGCGGCAACUUCGCCUACUCCACCAACGAGGCCCACGCAUACGCCGUGCAGACCCCCGUCAUCGGCCAGCAAAUUGUUCCCGUCGGCGUCACCUACACGCAAGGAACCCCCAUCGUCAAGAGCUCCACCGGGUACAUCACGCAACAGAUACCCCAUUACGGCUACACCUUUCCCCAGUUUGCUGGCUUUAGCAGCUACCCCUACCCCUAUACCUUUGGCAGCCAUGUAAUUGCCGCUGCUGCACCCGCCGCACCCGCACCCGCAGCUGAGGCACCCGCAGCUGAGGCAGCCGCCGUGGAGGCCGCCUAAGGUGUCUUCCUCAGUCCAGAAACGUAUCAUGAUUGAAUCGCAUCUCCACUUCCCUCCUCCUCCUCCUCCUCCUCCUCCUCCUUCCUCUCUCUCACUCUGCAACUAGUCGAACCACAGUCGCGUCUUGGCGUGGGCGCGACUUGGCGUGGGCGUUCCUUGUCGUAGACAUUCCUUGGCGUGGGAGCAUCUUGACGUAGGAGCGUCCUGGCGUUGGCGUAUCUUGGCGUGGGCACGUCUUGGCGUGGGCGUUCCUUGUCGUAGACGUUCCUUGGCGUGGGAGCAUCUUGACGUGGGCGCCUCUUGGCGAGGACGUACCCAGGUAUGGUGGGGACAGUGACAGAGCCCAAGAGGGUUGGUCGCUGUACCUUGUACAGCUCCGGUGUACAGAAUUGUGUUACAAUAAUCAUAGGAAAUAAAGCAUUGUACAAUA